GCAACACUUCUUUCUAAUCAAAAAAUGGGAACUUGAAUUAAUUUUAUCAGUUUGAAUCUCCUGGCCAUGGUAAGAAGGAUAUGGUUGGAUUUUUUGCAUAUAUUAGAAAGAUAAUUAACAGAUAAUGUUUUGGAGAUAUAACCUUAUUACUGGGUCUUGUAUUGAGACGCUGUUAGAUAAAGAGAAUGUAACCCUAAAAGAAUUGAUGGAGGAAGAAGACAUUCUUCAAGAAUGCAAAGCCCAGACUAAGAAAUUGCUUGACUUUCUUGUUCGCCCUGAUGUUUUGGAUGAAAUGGUAACAUUGAUCACUGAAGAGCCCGAUGAUGAGGGCGAUGAGAGAUUACGCUACAGGCACGCCAAUCGAGCAUGUGAACUGUUAACGUUUGACAUUGCCCAGAUCAAUGAUGCAUUAGUUGGAAAUGAAGCUGUACUAGAAAAAUUGUAUAGGUUUUUAGACACAGAAAAAGCUUUAAAUCCUUUGUUAGCUAGUUUUUUCAGUAAAACAUUGGGACUACUUAUAUCGAAGAAAACUGAUGAGGUUUUCAAGUUUUUGAAAGAAAGAAAUUUCAUUGCACUUAUUUUGAACCAUCUUAAUACUUCAGCUGUUAUGGAUUUACUUUUGCGUUUUGUUAGCUCAGUUGAAAAUAAUGAAACAAAAGCAAUAGUACUAAAGUGGCUAGAUGAGCAGAAGCUAAUUCAACAACUAAUAAGCAGAAUAGAUGUUAUUUAUGACGAAGAUUUUAACUGCAAUGCUUCAUAUGCUCUAUGUGAUAUAAUUAAAGUCUCCAGAGAACAUAUGUCCAUGUUACAAGAGAAAGCAGAACCAAAUCCUCUGUUGGAGACAUUGGAAUCUGUAGAGUCUGUGUCGGAUUUAUUGAAUCACAUGUUCAGGGACAUCAGCAAAGAAAGUGCUAUUGUUAAUGGAAUUUCGGUUUUAUUAUCCUUAUUGAUGUUCAAAAAACAAGGGCCUGCUGGCAUGCAACAGAUACCAUCCAAUCAAAGUGAAUUACCACCUCAAGCAGACAAUGCUCCAGUGUGCUUUAUGACUCUGUUUAGAAAUAGCGAGACUGAACAGAUGACAAUAUUAGAUGCUGAAAGGCUAUCUCAUGGUGUAAAUAAUGUUCUUAAAGCUGUAAUUCCUCGACUGGAUGACUUUCAUAAUCUGCUUCUGAAUCCUCCUUUGAAACCUGCCAUUACUUUAACCAUUGGACGGUUAGAUCCACCUCUUGGUUUGUGUCGUUUAGAAGUUGCUCAUUUGCUGACAGCUCUGUUAUCUACAAAUGACCACAAUGUAAAUGCUAAACUUGCAUCUCUUGACACGAUGAAAGUUCUUAUAGAUAUGUUUUUCAAAUAUUCAUGGAAUAACUUUUUACACACACAAGUAGAACAAGCAAUAGGAAGAAUUAUUACUAACAACCCAACUGCUGAUGAAGAAGGUAAUAAAGUUCAUCCAUUAUUAGAUCAAGUGAUUGUCCAGUGUAGAAUAACCAUAAAAAUUUUAGAAAGCUUUGAAGAAGAUGAAACACAGUGUGCCCCUGGAACACAUAGGAAAAGCUAUAUGGGUCAUCUUACAAAAAUUGCUAAUCAUGUUGCUCAAAAUGCAGAAAAUGGAAUAAAUAGUUCAUUUAUCAAGGAGAAAAUGAAAGAACUGACGGAUGACCAUCUUCAAAGAUGGGAUGAUUUUGUCACUAAACAGUUAGCUGAAAUAAACAAAAAGAACACUUCACAUAUAGUUAAUGGUCCACCUGUGCAGUCAUCAUCUGGAGAUGAAGAUUCUGUAGACUUUAGAGACAUUCCAUUCGGGAAAGAUUCUUCAGUUCAUUUGGCUUUUUCGGACUAUCAAAUGCAUGAAAUGACGAGUAAUUUUGUUGAUCAGUUUGGAUUUAAUGAUGAUGAAUUUGGGGAUGCUGAUGAGAGUUUAAUUUGUGCAAGAAAUUCAAUGAUCCCUCUAUCUCAGAAGAAAGAGAGAAGUGCAGAAUUGUUUGAAGAAGUUUGCCGAAUGAAAGCUAAUUCAGAAGGUGAUGCAGUUUUAUGGGCUGAUAGGGAGAACUCACCAACUUUCAGCACAUGCUUUAGAAUGAGCAAGUCAUCUGAAGAAAACAGUAGUGACUCAGAUGAAGAGUCUCAAGUUUUUGAAUCAGAUAAUGCGCCUAUAGUGUUACCUUCUGAAGAAAUGAAAAUGGAUGUAGAUAAUCAAGAAGGUAUUUUUGAUGGUGUUCCAAUGGACGUGGCCCCCGCAAACAUACCAAAUCCUUGGGAAUCAGCAGAUGUUGCAAACUCUUCUUCAGAUGAGCAAUGCAGUUGGGCUGAUUUCAGCAAUUUUAGUUCAUUUGGGGCUUCCACAUCUGAUCGUGCUGAUGCGAUUGAUUCGGCUGUAACUGUUGAAAUGGAAACUUCAGAUAAUGUGUCAUGUUUAAAGUGUGUUUCAAACCCUGGCUCCCAAGGUGCCUCUACUAAUGCAAUUCAAGUUUCUAGAGAAAAAUCUAUUUUACAUGAUGAUGUCUUUUUAGACAAAGUUCAAGAAUCAGCAAUACAGUCCAGUCCUACAAGAGAUGCAAAUGAAGGUGAGAGUUCAACUUUAUCUAAUGAUUUACUUGAUGCGAGAAGCAAGUCAAAACAUUGUCACAGAUCAAAAGAUAUGAGUGCAUUAUUCGAUGAAGAAACUUGCUCUCCAUCAUCUAUGCAAAAUGGACCUGUUUGAAUCUGCAUAUGUUAUAACUUAACUGUUGAAGAUUUUCCCUAUAAGGCACAAACAAUAAUUUGGCCCAAGCAAAAAAAAGAAAGAAAAAGAAAUAGAAUGUUUUUUCCAAUAUGAUGAAAAAACAUUGUAAAAGUUUAGUUGUCUUGUUUUUAUGUUCAAAACAUAUGUUUUGUCUUUCAUUUAUGUUGAUGAGCUACUCAUUCAGUUUUAAUAUCUCCUUCAGACAUUAUAAUUUAUUAUUUCUGUUAUCUGUUGAUGAAUUUAAUUUUUAAUAGUUUGAAUUAUGUUAAGUUAGAUGCACUGUACUUGUCCCCCUAUUGAUGAUAGGCUGUUUUUCAAAAGCCUUUUGUAGUAAAAUUAACCAUUUAUAAAACAUAAUUUUUAGAAUUUUGCUUUUCAAACAUUUUGAUUUUGUUUGAAAUGAAAUUUAGUAGUAUAGAAUACCAUAUAAAUCUUCACAUUUGAAAGAAUUACUUAGGUGUACGGAAAACUUUGAAGUUAUUUGAGUUGCAUAAUAAAUGUAUGCUGAUUUUUGAUUGUCUUUUUAUUACUUAUGAAUAUUAAGGUAUGAGAAUUAUGACAUAUAUUAUUGUUUAUGAUAUGAGUUUACUUAUCUUAGAGUAACUUUUAUAAAGUGGAUAAUGUACAGUGCAAAUUUUUUAUUACAACUGAUUUUAGUUACAUAAUAUAUUUUUUUUCAUAAGGUUCAUAUUUGAGCAAGGGUGAAACUUUUCUUGAACUAAUUUGGAAUGUCAGGCUCUUGGAGAAUUCUGCAAUUCUGCGAUUUUCCUAUUCAAUUCCCAGAACUCCAAUAAGAAAAAAAUAUAAAUAAUUUGGCAUGGUUUGUUAAUGAUAUCCAAACUGACCAUUAUUGGAGAUGUAACUUAAUACUUUUUAUAAUAUAGCAUAGCAAGUAUUGAUAAUGGUUAUGCAUUUCUUCUCCAGUAGCUUUGCAGAGUGUCUUUUUCAGUAAAAGAGAAAAAUGUUUUCUGCUUACGUUACAAAACAUAAAUAAUGAUUAAAAAAUUUGGAAGAGGGAGGGGAGCAACAGUUUUCUUAGACACUUUUCAUCUGUGGCCAUGUUCUAUCCUUAUUCUACAUACAAGUAACACUUCAGAGUUUUGGAACCAAGGUCAGUUUCACCCCUGUGUGAGGAGAACUUUCAGUUGAAUACAUUUUGUAUAUGCAGUAUGAAUUAAUUUAUUUUAGAAUAGUCAUGUGUGAAAUUGAUUAUGAAUGUUAAAGUGGAAACUAUGCAAAUAUUUAAGAAGUACAAAUUUAAUUAUUUGUUAUUAUGUUAUAGAGUUUUUAAGAAUUAUUUUCUAACAGUGACUAUAUUCAUUCAAUCCUGAUCUUGCUCAUUUCUAGUUCUUAAUUCAUGCUUUGUAAUUCUUUUUAUUUAACUUUAUGUAAAUAUUUUCUAUACUUGCGUUUUCUCGUGUCAGUAAUGUUUUUCUCAGAUAUUAUUUUUCAAAUUACGGGUAGUAAUAAAAUUAUAUAUACAUGUAUAAACAAAUUUUUAAAAACAGAGGAAAAAAAUUUUAAGCAAAAAGCAUAAAAAUGAACUUUGAGUUAAAAAUGCACAAAGCAGCAGUUAAUAAAAAAAGUACACACAUCAUAGAAAAGGCACAAGAAGAAGGGGGGGGGGACUUAAAGAAGCCAUAAACGAAGAGAAAACUGCUUUGAGAUUGAACUCUUCAGCAUUGGAAAUCUCAAAGUAACGAAUACCAGAUCAGCAUAGCAGCAUUUAAUGGAUAAUUAGGCAAAACGCACCAAAGAAUGCAUACUUUGUAGAGGCAGCCAAAUUUUGAAGGGAGAAAAUAAAAAACUAGGGGAAGAAACCAAUGGAAUAUUACCAUGUCCAGUGUGGUUUAGUAUACUAGACACUGCAUAAUAUUCACUAAAAGGAAAAACCUAGGUGAGUGGAGGUUUCCUCUGCUUUGCUACAUCUAAAAGGAUAAGUGUAGCAAAACUUCCAAUAGACCACUCCACUAUCUAGAAAGAGCCAUUACUUGUAAAGUUCUUAGUGAAUAAUUAAUCCAUGUCCAUCUUGUCAGUAGCAGUCCAAAUCGUCAACAAAUAAGCGAAAAACAAAACAAUAUAGAGAAAUCUUAAUAAAACAAAUCCAAAUUUUGCGCUUAGUCAUCCUCUGAAAUAUGUAACACAUCAAUCUUCCACCUUUACUACAUGUGCUUUCAGUUGGAAGUAUCAUUCGUUAGGCAGUUAGAAGGUUACAGUUUGACAAUCUCAAAAAAGCAAUUCUGAAAAUUAAAACUCUUUUAAAAUGUUUUCUGAAAAAACAUAAGGAAAAAUUUUUUUGCAACUGAGUUUUGAGAACAAGUAUUUCUUUUUCAAAGGCAGUAACAGUGUUGCAAAUUCUGUAAAUUCUUAAAGCUUGUGAAACAAGGAUGCCAUUAAAAACUUUUUUACUUCGGUAAGGGUCCCAGUUUUUUAGACUGUUAACUGGGAAGCUAAAAUUUCUUCUUUUGUCAUAAAUGGAAGCAAAACACUGAGAAUUUAAAAGAAUGCUAAUGUCCAGCAAAUUGGCGGAAAGAUAAGAGUAGCAGGUGGGUUUAAGGUUUAGAGGUUUUGGGUAGAUUGAGUGAUAAAGUUGUUUAAAAUCAGGGCUGUUAAUGCAGAGUAAAUCAUCAACAUACCUACAGCACAGAGGAAGAGGGCCAGAAUUUUCAACACAAAAUUUUCUCUCAUAAUACUUCAAAAACAAAUUAGCUAAGGUGGAACUAAAAUUGGAACCAGUGUCAAUUCCUUUAAUUUGUAAAAACAUAUAAGUUUGGACUUUUAAAAAAAUUGUUGAAAAUAUAAAAAUUGAGAAAAAAAAGGAUUUAUCGAAAUUGAGUGAAGAGUUUACCAAAUCAAAAAGAGAAGAAAUGGCAAAAAACAAUCUUGUAAGGGAAUACAAGUGAAAAGGUUUUCAAAUUCGAAAGUUGAAACAGUGGAGAUGUCAAGCAUAUUGUAAAGAUUAACAACUUCCACACUGUUGUAAAAAAUCCAAAACCAAUUCUCAGACUUUUAAAAAAGGGGGAAAAAAAUUUCAAAAGUAAUUCUAGUUGAAUGGCAAGUUUCUUACCGAUGGGGUUGGUGGUGGAACAUAAAAACCCAAAUCCAACAGAGGUUUUGUAAAACUUGGGAAUGGCAUAUAAAAAAGGAAGACUUUUUCGAAGUGAAUUGGCUGCCUCUACAAAGUAUGCAUUCUUUGAAUUCUUUAGUGAAUUUAGCAUAAUGAGGAACCUGCAUGCAUUUUUUUAAUUUUUUUAAAUGAAAAUUUAAGCCAUUUUAUAACGAUAGACACCCGUUUCAGUUCAUUCGGACUGCUAGUUAUUUUUUAAUUAAUUUUUAAAGUCUCCCGAUUAGCCCCGCCCCCUUAGUUUCCCCAUCUCCGCUGAUGAGGUCAAGAUUCAUUCCCGCUCCCCGCUCCUUCUGGCACUGGACGCACGCACGUGCGUGUAUAGAACAUCGCUAU